AUGAAAGAACUGAAAGAGAAAGUCCACCUGUCUCUGCCCGCCUCCCUCCACCCGCCUGCCUCUGCCCGCCUGUCUCUGCCCGCCUCCCUCCACCCUCCGCCCGCCUCCCUCCACCCGCCUGCCUCUACCCGCCUGUCUCUGCCCACCUCCCUCUACUCGCCUCCCUCCACCCUCCGCCCGCCUCCCUCCACCCGCCUGCCUCCGCCCGCCCCCCUCCGCCCGCCCCCCUCCGCCCGCCCCCCUCCGCCCGCCUCCCUCUGCUUCUUGAUCACGAAGGCACAGACUGGCACAGACUGGAACAGAGAGGCACAGACAGGCACAGACUGGAACAGACUGGAACAGAGAGGCACAGACAGGCACAGACUGGAACAGAUAGGCACAGAGAGGCACAGACUGGAACAGACAGGCACAGACAGGCACAGACAGGCACAGACUGGAACAGACAGGCACAGACAAGCACAGACUGAAACAGACUGGCACAGACUGGAACAGACUGGAACAGACAAGCACAGACUGAAACAGACUGGCACAGACUGGAACAGACAGGCUCAGACUGAAACAGACUGGCACAGACUGGAACAGACAGGCACAGACUGGAACAGACAGGCACAGACUGGAACAGACAGGCACAGACAGGCACAGACUGGAACAGACAGGCACAGACUGGAACAGAUAGGCACAGACUGGAACAGACAGGCAGAGAGAGGCACAGACAGGCACAGACUGGAACAGACAGGCACAGACUGGAACAGACAGGCACAGAGAGGCACAGACUGGGACAGACUGGCACGCCCUGGAGUCAUCUCUGAGGAGCAGUAG